AACGGAAAGAGGCUGUUGCAGAGCUAACCAAGCUUGCUUCAACAAAAAGAAUAGCACCCGGUGAUUUCUCAUAAAUCUGUCGGACACUAAAAAAGCUCAUAACAGAUGUUAAUAUCGCUGUAGCAGUCGAGGCAAUUCAAGCUAUUGGCAAUCUUGCUCGGGGUUUAAGAACUAAUUUCUCUGCAAGUUCACGCUUCCUAUUGCCAGUUUUGCUGGAAAAUUUGAAAGAGAAAAAACCUGCCUCUACUGAGGCACUAAAUCAAAGUCUUCAGGCAAUGCAUACAGCUGGGUGCUUAAGUCUAGCUGACAUUGUGGAAGAUAUUAAGACAGCUGUAAAAAAUAAAGUUCCUCUUGUACGGUCAUCAACUCUUAACUGGGUAACAUUCUGUAUUGAAACAAGUAACAAGGCUGUUAUUUUAAAGGUGCACAAGGACUAUGUGCCUAUCCUUAUGGAGUGCCUCAAUGAUGGGACUCCAGAUGUGAGGGAUGCAGCCUUUUCAGCUUUGGCAGCGAUAGAUAAGGUAUCGUUUUAUUUAUUUAUCAAUUUUGUGCUUUUGCUGCUUAAUUCUGAAUUUUGA